UAUAACACCUUUGGCUAAAUUCACUGAACAAGUUGGUAAAGUAGAUUCUGAGAAGCCAACAAAUAGAUCUGAUAAGGCUAAACAAAGCACUCAGGAAGAAACUAUUUGUAAAAUUCUCUAA